GUGAACGUUUCUCCACUUAGGAAAAUGCUGAUGAGCAGCUGUGGAUUUCCAAAACUUUUUAUCCCAAUACUUGCUUCAUUUUGAGUCAUCAGGGAGGACAGACGGCAGCCGGAGAGGCACAACCUGUUAGUCUGUCUGAGAUAUUAAGAUGAGCGCAGACACGGUGGAGCAGUCGGAGGCUCCAGCCGAACAGGCAGAUCAAAAUGGGAUCAACUUCAAUCGACAAAUAAAGACAGAGGAGAUCAACGACUCACCUCAUCCAGCUGCCCCACUGAAGACAUGUCACCUGACACAGAGCUCUCCAGUGCACGGAGGUCAACUGUCUGGGGAGCUCACCUCUCUCCACCCCAUGCAGCAGCUGGUACUGAUGCCACCGUCUCACCUGUCGUCUCCCUCCCCCUUCCUGCUCUCCCAGAGUCCCACCAGCCACCAAGCCCUUCUGCAGCAGAACCUGCUGUCUCUUCCCUGUCAGAGUCAAACUAGUCUCCUUCAGCAUCAGCCUGGACUGGCUCUGACUCCACAGGCGAUGAGUCGCUCGGGUCUGGCAGGACCGUCUAUGGAGAACCACAUGGACAUGUCCCACCUGCAGAUGCCCAAACACAUGUCAAUACCACCACAGGAGGAGCCCAGUGAUCUGGAGGAACUGGAGCAGUUCGCCAAAGCUUUCAAACAAAGGCGCAUCAAGCUAGGAUUCACUCAGGGAGAUGUGGGCCUCGCGAUGGGAAAACUGUACGGGAAUGAUUUCAGCCAGACCACAAUCUCUCGCUUCGAAGCUCUCAACCUCAGCUUCAAAAACAUGUGCAAGCUCAAACCUCUGCUGGAGAAAUGGCUGAGUGACGCAGAGAACUCACCUUCUGACUCGAUGACCAACCCCACCUCUCUGCCACCGCUGAUGGAGGGCUACGGACGCAAACGGAAAAAGAGGACAAGCAUUGAGACGAACAUCAAGAUGACUCUGGAGAAACGUUUCCAUGAUAACCCCAAGCCCAACUCCGAGGAGAUAACCCUGAUCUCGGAGCAGCUAUCCAUGGAGAAGGAGGUGGUUCGAGUUUGGUUCUGUAAUCGGCGUCAGAAGGAGAAGAGGAUCUACUGCCCAGUGGCCAGUUUAUCGGUCAAAUCCCACAACUACAACUCCAGAAUGGCUUCAUCAUCCAGAUCCUACAGCCCUCUGGCUUCAGGCGGAGUUUCAUCAAAUUCGUCUCCGAACAGUGCGAGCCGUGAAGCUUCUCCCAACAGCCUGUCCGCAGCCUCCGUCUCUUUAACGUCUCAGGUCAACCCAGCCUCCUACAGCACGCCAGGGUCCUGGUACCGAUGGAAUCCCACUGCGUAUCAUCACUGAGAAACGUGAACUAUAUCAUAUGAAGAUUGUUUUGUUAUGAGAAGGAUUUACACUGAAGACGUGACCGAGUAACACAAUGACCCCUGUUAGGAACAGGGUUACAACUGCAGGCUAAACCGUAGACAGACUCAUGAGACAAAACAGCAGAGGACUGCAAACACACACACCACACCACACCACACACACGCACACCACACAGCUGUUAGGGCAGCCUCAAGCUGUUUGAUUUGUCUUCAUGUGACUCUUUUCUUUUCAGAAGGAACACACUCCUGACAGAGAUCACAAACACUGGUGGGGAAUUUCACGCUCAAUAUGCUUCAGAUUAUCUGUUUGAAUGUUGAAGGAUUCAGGUUCGUUAAGAGUUUGUGCCAAGCUGUUGCCUUUUUUUCUGCCGUCUUUACGCUGGGCUGCGAUCGUCUCAGCUGUUGCUGUUGUUGUAAGUUUUUAUGUUCAUAGUUUAGUUAGUGUUAGUGAAUUUGAUUCAAUCCCACAUUGUGUACAGCAAGCCUGUCUAAAUAAACAUACCAAAAAACUAAAGGAUUUCAUACAGCUGUUCAUGGAAGAAAAAAAAAACACUUUUGAAUUAAUGUUUUAUUACAGCUUGGGUCGUAUUAUUGCAGUUUUGGCCAUCAUGUCUAUCAGCUAUGAUAACAACAAUGAUCCACAGUGCAAGACACACGAUCAGCUUAUGCAGAUAAUCACUCUGCAGUCACCAGAAGUGACCCCAAGUGUUGCUAUGAAUUCCUCAGUGCACUAGAGAACUAUGUGAGUUUAGUAGGUGACAAUGGAGCUACGUCUGUCUGAAAACUGUGAUGGAUGUUUACAAAGGACAGUGUGCUUAAUGAGUUUGCUGCCUGCCUUUGUUUUCUCCUCCACACUAAGUUUAAACCCUGGGGGGUUUGUUUGCAACCUGUCUGAUCCCCUGCUCAUGUUUCUCCACCUCUUCUUAGUGAUGCUGUGCGAUGUUCCCACACAUCAGCCAUAAACAUGGUGAAAACUACAAAAAUAAGAACCAAGAUGUAAUAAACCGGAGUUAUAAGACACUUAAAAGGCCCCUGAAAACACAAUUUUCUGACAAAGUUAAAACUGUUUUUGGUUGUUUUUUCACAAGAGAGAUUUCUGUAUUUCUGUUUUUGUUCUUAUGUUUUUUUCCACCACUUUGAAUUGGACGAAGCGCAGUCACAGUCCUGAUGAAGCAGAGUAGUAGCAACAAUGUGAUAGCCCGCCUCUUAAAGAUCUAGUGUGUGGGGAUGUAGUGGCAUCUAGUGGUGAGGUUGCAAAUUGCAAUUAACCGAAACUUCUUCCGUGUGCCAAGUGUGUAGGAGAACUAUGGUGGAUGACAGGAAAUCUGAAAACCUGAAUGGCCCUAUGUAGAGCCAGUGUUUGGUUUGUCAAUGAUUCUUAGUUUCAGAUUAUUAUACACUAAUACAUAGGCAUAGAUUUAAGGGGGGGUCACAGGGGACAUGUCCCUCUCAGCCAAUCAGGCGCUGUGUUGUAGCUGAUACUGUAAAAUGCAGGCCACAGUUUGCAGAACCGUAAUGGCGGCUCCUUAAGUAACAAACACCAACUCUAAUGUAAGUGACCCCUGGAAGUUAUUGCAGAAAUAGAGUCAAUAACAAAAAUGAACCAAGAACAAGAGUACGCACUCGUAAGGUUUCUCAGUGGAUAAGACGUUUUCAACGUUUUUCUGACUGGAUUUGGCAAAAGUUUGAUUUAUCUACUGGCUCCAUUAGUGAUGACGAAGAUGUUCCCCUGUGUUUUGUUGAUGACAUUCCCACCCACUGAAAGUGUUUGGGGCAACAUCAAGUCCAGACUGAUUCAGAGAGCGAAAUAGUCUUACCAGGCUACUGUUUCAUAUGUGUCCCCCCAAAUGUUGAAACUUACACCCCUACACUAAUGAAAACAGUUAUAAAUAUUAUAGUCCUUUACUUCCAGUAUAUCCUCCUUAAUCCUACACACUGGACCUUUAAUACUUUAAAUUUUCUGCCUUGUCUAUAGCUCUCAGCCCCCAAAACCACCAGAUCCUUCUUUAUAUAUCUAAUGUAUAUUUUCACUUUUAAAAAUUGCUCAGUAAUCUCCUAACACAGCUGGGCACUGUAGGUUUAAGCAAUGACUCCUCAAACAGGAGUAAACUCUGAAUUUGUUGGGGACUAUUUUCAGCGGCGGAUUAAUAAACAUUUGGUGCACUAGUGAGUAUUUCCUGCAGAGAAAGAAUGAUGUGAGUGCAGAUUUACAAAAAAAUUACUGAAGCCAUGCUUGUGGUAAUAAAGGAACAUGUCAUCCAGUGCGACACUGAGUACAUUUACAUGCACUAAUUUUUUUUUACCCUUAUUCUAAAAAAGAAAAUACUAAGCUGUUUACAAAUGAAAAUGAAUAUUCCACUAACAUUCCAGUUUACAUGCAGCUGUGUAUACUCUCGUGGGAAAGGUCAAUGUUAAAUAUGGGUAAUAUUUAUAUUCUGAAAACCUGUAGGUAUCCAAGUCCUUCGAGUGUUUCUUUCCUCUGGCCAGAAAUGUAGGCUUCUCUUUUGGGCAUCCAUCUCGACCCCAGACUUGCAAAGUGUUGUGAGGUGUAAACUCAGACGCAUGAUUCAAAUGUGCUGUAUACAUGUCAUUUUGGAAAAGGCCUAAUUGUGAAUGUUGAAGCGUAAUACGUUGUUGACAUGACCUGUAUCAAAUUCAGAAUAGUAGUAAAACUAGUAGGAUCUGUUCAUUAUUUGUUUUGGUGUUUACGUGUUGAUGAUAACAAAAAAUUAAUCUGGUUGUGAGGAGAUGAGAGAAGAUGUUGACCUCUGCUGGUCUAACUCAGCUGCCGGGGCUUCUGUUUACUUACUUCCUGCAGUAGCUUUUUGCGCUGUUUAAUACAAACUCUCAAAAGAAAGGAAAAAAACUGCCUUUCAGACAAAUCGAGGUCUGACUACUCUUGUCUGUUUGGUUCUUCUGUGACCCUUUUUAAAAAAUGUAAUUGCUGUUUUGAGUGUCCAUUGUAUAUCUUAUUUUAGAGAAACGUUUUGCAGUGGUUUUAAAACUCUGAGCUACGUAAACGAACCACUAUAAUUACGUUGUAUACUGUAACAGCAGGUACUUUAUAAAGUGAAGUUUUUACUGAUGUAACUGAGGCUGCCAUGUUACUAUCCUCUAAGUCUCAGGGAAUCAUUUGUCUUUACCUCUUAAUUCCAGGGACGCUUUUUAACUUUUACUUGCUGUCAUUAAACAGAGGAUGGCCAUGU